AUGGCAAAAGAAGAGAAGAAAAUGAUAAUAGCAAUGAAAGGACAUCCCGGCACCGGAAAGAGCACUUUAGCCCAAUCUUUAGCCUCAUCCCUCAGAAUUCCUCUCAUUGACAAAGACGACGUCCGUGACUCCACCUUGCCUCUCCAACGCUCUCUCCUUCCCCUUUCCCCCACCGCCGCUUCCAACCUCCUCAACGACCUCUCCUACGACGUCAUCUACCGUUUCGCCUCCACCCAGCUCCGAAUCGGCAUCAGCGUCAUCGUCGACUCCCCUCUCUCCCGUAAAUCCCACCUCGACCGCCUUGUCCAGCUCGCUGAUUCUUCUCGGGCCAGCGUCUUCGUCGUCGAGUGCAAACCCACUGACGAAGAAGAGUGGAGGAAGAGACUCGAGCGGCGUGGCGCCUCUGUUGAUGGAACCGCCAGCUGGCACAAGCCAGCCACGUGGCGGGAUAUCGAGAGGUUGUUGGUAGGUUACGCUGGCUGUACGGAUUAUGAUAUUGGCGAUGUCCCAAGAUUGGUGGUCGAUACGACGGCGCCUGUUGAGGUUGGGGAGCUUGUUUCGAGUGUGGUGGAGUUCAUCGGCGCUCAAGCUGAACAUGAAUUGUGA